AUGGACUCGUCGUUGGAUUCUCCUUCAUAUCCGGGCAAUCGGAUCGUCGCCUAUCUGGAGACCUUGGUCAAAUCUAAGUCAUAUCUGCCUUACGGACUUCCCGUCUGCGUCUCGCCUUCGCAUACCGUCACCAACACCGACACUCUCCUGCACCUAGCCACUUUAGUUGGCCCGCAUAUUGCUAUUCUACAAGUCUAUGCAGACAUUAUUGAUGACUGGUCGGAGGAGACGGUUCGCCAAUUGGUUGCCCUAGCGAGGAGACAUGGCUUCCUGAUCUGGGAGGGCGGUCGGAUCCUGAAUUCCACAGUGGACAUUGUUGGUGGACAGAAAGCAGAGACGAGAGAGGUGCGGAAUGAGACCGUUGAUAUGAUUCGCAAGAAGUAUACGAAGGGUAUCAUCAAGCCGGCCUCGUGGGCUGGCCUUUCGACGGCGUGGGCCUCCGGCGUGGCUGUGUAUAACCAGGAAGCCGACAUUCUGAUUCCCACUCUGAAGGCGGCCGCCCGCGAGGCAGUAGCAGAUGCGGCUCAGACCAUUCGUACCGAAAUCACAGCAGACAAUAACGCCAACAAUCACUCUUUCAGCGACCAUGACGCAAAUGCGACAUCGCAGCACCUCUCCGAGUAUGCCGUCGACAACACUAGCGGCCUCGACCUUCCUCCUCGCAAAGCUUCCACCAUCUCCUUGACUCAAACCAUCACUCAACACACCGAAGACUCCACCGAGCUACCUUUGGAAUCCCCGCAAUACGAGCGACGUGGUUUUGAAUUCCGGUCCUUGAGCCCCGCGACCAUCCCUGAGGACUUUCCACCCCCACCACUCAUGGCUCGUGGGUUAGUCUUGUGUCUACCAUCCUCCACGGCCAGUUCCUUCACCAAUGAUUACCGCCAAAGUUGCGUGGCUGCUGCCCGCGCCAACCAAGAUUUCGUGGCUGGAUUUGUGUGUGGAGAGCCGUGGCACCUGGUCUCUCAAAGAAAGGACUUGUUUGGGGCGGGUGUCUCCGGCUACGGUGAAGAGCAGCAGCAAUUGAGUCCAUACUCGUCAGAUGAUGACGAAGCGGUCCCUCAUUUUGCGUUGGUGUCGCCUAUCUCCCGUCGCCUCAGUGUAGUGAGUGGUCAAGGGCUGGAUGAGGUCGACGAAGACGAAGAAGAGCACCAGCAGAAUAGCAUUUCCAUGCCUGAACCACCACUCCCCUUGGACUCCCUCAAUCCGUUAGCCUCUAAAUUGUUCCAGAUUACUGGUAAAGCACUGCAGCUUCGCGAAACAACCGCCCAGGAACGUGGAAACCUGCAGCUGAAGGCAGAUACAGAUAAGAGCUACCAAGUAUUGCACAUUCCUCUGGUUGUGCUGCCUUGA